AUGCAAUCUGUGCUCGUUGCCAUUGCUGCACUUGCAGCCCAACAGGUUGCUGCCCACGCCACUUUCCAAGACUUUUGGAUCAAUGGUGUGGACUAUGGUGCUCAGUGCAUUAGGUUGCCGCUAUCCAACAGUCCAGUUACGGACGUCACGUCCAACGAUAUCCGCUGCAAUGCAGGGACCUCGCCGGUAUCCUACAAGUGUGCUGUCGCAGCUGGAGAUACAGUAACCAUCGAAAUUCACCAGCAACCCGGUGAUCGUACCUGUACCACGGAAGCAAUCGGUGGAGCUCACUAUGGCCCUGUGCAAGCAUACCUCAGCGCUGUGGACGACUCUUCCACGGCCGAUGGAUCUGACGGCUGGUUCAAGAUCUUCGCAGAUACCUGGGCCAAGAACCCGAGUGGCUCGUCCGGCGAUGAUGAUUACUGGGGCACAAAGGACAUUAAUACAUGCUGCGGCAGACUAGAUGUGAAGAUUCCUACAGACAUCAAAGCCGGCGACUAUCUACUCAGAGCCGAGGCUUUGGCACUCCAUACAGCUUCAAGCAGUGGUGGAGCACAGUUUUACAUGUCGUGUAUACAGCUCACCAUUACUGGGUCGGGAUCUGCUUCCCCAUCUACCAUCAGCUUCCCCGGCGCCUACGCAGCCAGCGACCCAGGUAUUUUGGUGGAUAUUCACGCUGCCAUGACGACUUAUAUUGCACCUGGUCCAACAGUCUAUUCUGGCGGAUCGACAAAGAGCGCUGGAGCUGCGUGUGAGGGCUGUGAGACGACGUGUACCGCUGGGGCGGGAGCAUCAGGCACCGCGACAAGUGUGACUCUUCCUUCAUCGACUGGCGGCGGCUCCGAUGGAUGUACUGUUGCACUGUAUGGUCAAUGUGGAGGCAUUGAUUACACGGGAUGUACAAAUUGCUACCAAGGAACGUGUACCGUACUGAGCGACUAUUACUAUCAGUGUGCCUAG